AUUCAGUGCCGCCGUUCAAGUGCGAAUGAGUGAAAUCUUGGAACGCUUCAUCGUAAAGAUUUCAUAGUGCACAUUCACACCUUACACUUCUACAGUAGGACAGCACGCUCGAAAUUUUGGAAAAGAAUUUUUUUGAAAGUUUUUAAGUUUUGCCACUUCUAUGUUUUGUCAAAACGAAUGAACUUCGUGAAUUACCAACUGUUUGGAAUUAACGUCAGUGCUUACUGCGUACAUUCGUUCAUUAUUUGCAGAUGUACAGCUAACUGAGCUAAGUGAUUGAUCAUUGAUGUAAAGAUUGUAACUGACUGAUGUUUAUUUCUUGUUGUUUUGCUGUUGUCCAUCUGGCGAACACUUUGAAAAACAGCGAUUAACAUUUCAUUUCCUUGGAAAUAAUCCACCUGCAUAAAUACAUUGGGUUUAAUAAUCAGUAACCUGUAAGUGACUGUAACCUUUGCUGUGUUACUGAUUCUUUGGAAGCUGUCGGCGUGCCGAAUUUAUGGAAUGGCUGAUGAUGAAUUGACUAAAAAGUUGAGCCGUCGCCUGCACCUCAGCGAAACUGCUCCCGACGACGCCGAAACAGAGAAUUCCCAUCCAGCGUUGCUGCGAGAACCAAACCUGUCGAGAAAAUUGUCAUCCGGUUCGUCGGAAUCAGAAAAAGCCAUUUCUGGCAGUGCUUCCGAUGAAUUAUCGAAGAAAUUGUCCCGUCGCCAAGACAUCAACGAAGGCGUAGCAUCAGGCGACAAGCCCUCGCUGAAAGUCUUUAAUCCCUACACGGAAUUCAAGGAGUUCUCUCGCAAACAGAUAAAGGAAUACGAAAACAUCUUCAAAUCGCAUGACAUCAACAAAGAUCAUUUCAUCGAUAUGGAGGAACUAAAGCGAAUGAUGGAGAAAUUGGGAGCUCCACAGACUCAUUUAGCCUUAAAACACAUGAUCAGCGAAGUGGAUGAGGAUAAGGACGGAAAACUGAACUUCCGUGAAUUCCUAUUGAUAUUCCGCAAAGCUGCUGCCGGCGAGCUGCAGGAUCAGAGCGGUUUGUUCGUCUUGGCUAGCUUAACGGAGAUUGACGUAGACAAGGAAGGUGUUGGUGGAGCGAAAAAUUUCUUUGAAGCUAAGAUCGAAAGUAUAUCCCGUGGGUCCAAAUUUGAAGAGGAAAUUCGAGCGGAACAGGAACAGCACCGCAAGGAAGCGGAAGAAAAACGCUCUCGACGGCAACAGUUUAAGGAAAAGGCAGCUAUUUUCACCGGUGACCGUCAUUAACGGACUGGAAUCUGGAUUAUGUACUGCGGUAUACUACUCCAUUAUCAUCUCCUUGAAGUCGAAUGUGCUUCCAUGUUUUUAGCUAGUAAUAUUGAAGCUUUAAAACUUGUGAUUUUGUUUUGAUUGUUUUUAUUACUUUUAUACCGUUUCGGUUUUGCUACGGUGCUGAUUUUUUAUCAUUUUAGCCGAUUUGGUGCCAAAUUUUCCUUUUCUUAUUCCAUUUUUUAGGUGUCUUUUUGAUCCAUUGUUUUAUGAAGAAGUGCUAAUUUAAAUCCAGCUUGUAAUAAAAUAUUAUGGUGUGAA